UCCUGGACUGCGGGAAAGCAUGGGACGUCUAAAGAGCCGAGAGGCUACAUGUGCAUCGGAAGCCCCCAUACCAACACCCCUUGCGUUUCCCAAAGCGAACCAGAUACAGGUACCGGGAACGGUGGGCUGCGGGACAUGGCCGCACAUCCCCACCAUGCACGUCUCGGACUCCGGAAUGGGGGCAUUACAUGCGGUCCUCCGAAGCCUUGGAAGACUGUGUAGCCUUGGAGUGAGACGAGCUUGGACGAGGUGCUGCGAACUGCAAGGGAGACAGACUACAACGAGUGAUAAGGCCUUCAUGCCCAUCUCUUGGGACUUGUUCUGACCCCUUUUCGUUUCUGGCUCCUCUCUAAAGCCUGAUCAAUAUCACCGUCAACCAUGGCCAACGCAGCAAACCCCGAGAAACGUAUCACCUUUGAGGAGUACCUCGGCUGUACCGAGGCAUGCUUCGAGUGGGCGGACAGCUAUGACACCAAGGACUUUGACCGGCUGAGGAAGUGCAUCGCUCCGACCCUGAGGAUCGACUACCGUUCGUUCCUUAAUAAGCUCUGGGAGGCCAUGCCGGCUGAGGAGUUCAUCAAGAUGGUGUCAGAUAAGAAGGUGAUUGGCAACCCCCUUUUGCGGACGCAGCACUUUAUGAGCGGCAUCAGCAAGUGGGAGAAGGUGUCGGACACCGAGAUUAUCGGCUACCACCAGCUCCGCGUGCCUCACCAGGUCUAUACCGACUCGAGCUGCACCAAGGUUGCUGUCACGGGCCACGCCCACAGUCACAACACCCAUUAUUACAAGAAGAUCAAUGGCGUCUGGAAGUUUGCCGGUCUCAAUCCGGAUAUUCGUUGGACCGAGGGUGACUUUAACAAGGUCUUUGCUGACGGGCGUGAGGAAUUGGGCGAGGUCAACUAAAGCGAUAAGACGGGCGCUGUCGUGUUAGCAGACUUGGUAGCGAAUUCGAAUCGAGUAUAACCUAGGAGCCUGAUGAUAUGAUACGUGAACGAGGAGAGUCGAUGUUGAACAUUGUUUGUGGGAACAUCAGAGGAGGUAAAAUGUAGAGUUGUUCACUCAUCGCUGUU